AUGGAAGAAACUGAAGUGGACAUCGAUACUCUGAUUGAUGAGAUGGAUUAUAUUCCUGGUCACUUCCACCUUGAUAUGAACUUGAAUUUUGAAUCUACUUCCCCAUUGAAUUUCCAAGGGAGAGACGUGAAGCUGAAACGAGAAAGCCUUAUUUAUGAGCUAGAGUCUGAAACUGGCACUCUGCAGUAUGCCAUCAGAAACCUCCUUGGGGUCUUUUCUUUCUACCUAGAGGAGGUGGAGAAAGCCAAGGAGAUUUUUCUUCAGAUCAUUCAAGAGGACCCAGAGAACCUGAAUGCUUGGACAAAUCUGGCCUAUGUUUAUGACAGGCUGAAUGAUGAGCAUGAAGCGGCGAAGUGUACAGAGAACCUCUCCCACUUAAUGGGCUUGGAUUCAGAUGACGAGGUCCAAGGGAAUCCCCAAUUCAGAACAGCCCGUUGCUUGGCUGAGCAAGGCUAUGCUUAUGCCUUUGACGUUGGGCUAUCGAGCGAAGAAGAAAAGAUGGAGAAACUAACUACAAGCCUCGGUCUUUACAACAAAGCUCUUGCUUAUGGGAAGCAGGUUCCUUUGGAGGAGAGGAGAAGUUGGUAUUUCACAAUGACCACGCUGCAUAUCAGAUUGGAUGGGAUGUGGAUGAGCAAGGGAAAUGAUGAGGAAAAAAGGUUGCCAGCCUUCAAUAGAACCCUGGUUUUGCUUCAGCAAGUCCUGAAAUCCUCUAAUCUACAUUACAAAGCAUUGGCCUGGUGUUACCUUGGGAUACUGCUAGAAAGAAAAGAAUCAUUCUCAACUAUCCCAAUGGGUAUCCAUGAUUGUGAUUACUCUGGAACAGAACCUCUUGACUGCUUUGGAAAGGCCAUAGAAAUAGCAAAAGAUUGCCCACCUGUUCUAAACCGCCUGUCAAAAAUCUUCCAUUUCCUUGGCAAGCAAGAGAUGGCAAUGGCUGUCUGCAACAUGGCCUUAGAUGUGCUGCCUGAUCCAGUACUUAAUUGGCAGGCCUACUGUAUGCAUGCCAAGAUGCUAAUUAAGUUGUAUUUACGUGACUUGGAACGUCUUAAAAUGGGCUUGGGAGGAAUGCCAGACCAGAAGAAUCUCUUUGAUGCCAAAACGGAUCUUGAGAAAGUCAUGAAGGUACACCCAUGCCUCAAGACUUAUCUUAACCUAGGCCAGGUAUAUUAUUACAUGGGAGUAGAUGCCAUCCAGGAACUUUUCCUUGUGGAUGAAAAUGCCCUGAACAAUGCCCUCAUGUUCUUUGCUAAAGCCAUGGAAUUUGACCUGGGGAAUGUCUUGCCUGAAAUCCAGCUGCUGAAGGGAAAAUGCCUCCGUCUAAAAAAUGAAGAACUGAAUGCCAUUGAAUGUUUCAAGCAGGCAAUAGAGCUGGACAAUGUGGGCUCAACGCAUACGGAGAGUUUCCGAUGCUUAAUGGAAAUACUGCUUACAUUAUUCAGCCAGAAGAAGAUAAAUACAGAGAUGCUGAUGAAGGAAGUAGAGCUGUGGGUGAAGAAGGCAGAGACGAAAUAUCCCAAGCAGCGGGUUCAACAGGAACUCAGGCUGGUUUGUCGUCAUCACACAGCCGAGGUGCUUGAACUUUCCAAAGCUAUGGUAACAAGAGGGAAGACAGAGCUGGUGAAGCUGCUCUUUGAGACCAUGAAGUGUGACUUCAAAAAAGGCAGAAUGAAUGAACGUUCACUCUCCUUUUGA